CGAUUUCUCGGUGCAGGCUUCUAUUACCGUCACAAAGGCAAGAAAUAGCGCCGGGAGAGGAUAGUUUGUGCGCGUGUAGGGCAAGUAUUGCUUGCAGCGAACCGAAUAGGAUAUCGCGUAAUCAAGACAGAAAAAGAAGAGGUGUGUAAAGAGGCGUAGGCGGAAAAGUUUUGUUUUUAAAUUCGGAGUUAGAGACCGAGAUCGUAAGAUAGUGAAGACCAACGAGAUUUUGGUGUGGUGUUUCGUCAUCGUAAGAGAAAGGACUCAAAAAAAAAAAAAAUAAAAAAAAAACAAAAAAAAAACAAAAAAAAAACAAAAAAAAAAUAAAAAAAAAUAAAAAAAAAUAAAAAAAAAAAUAAAAAAAAAAAGAUAAAAGACUUGACAUACUUUUUUCCCUUGGACAUCUUAAAUAUUCAGAGGGACAAGACCACGUAUCAACGACGAUUACGACGAGAUCGUGAGAGAAUCGUCGUCGUCGUCGUCGUUGUUCGUUGUGUGAUAAAACGCCUGAAGAGGGUUAAGAAAUUUAAAGAAAACGAUCGACGCGUUUUACGUGAUCGAUACUUAUAUUGAUUAACCGCUAGGCGACGAGAUUGUCCCUGAUAUAUGUGUCUUUUCGCGAUAUCUUUCGAGAGUUUCGCGAAUUUUUGGACGAGCAGGAGGAGUUUGUGAGAAAAGGACGAGUACAGUGCGUAGAAACGUUGUCGUCUUUGUCUCUUUGUCUCAUUGUCAACAACGGUUAUUAAGAUAUCACAAUCGGGUGGAGAAAGAAAGACAGACAGACAGACAGGCAGAGAGAGAGAAAGAGAGAGAGAGUUGCGACGUGUGAAAAACAAACAAGUCGGAUCCGCCAUCUUUCGCUUCUCCAGCUGCAAUUCUUGGAAGUGGGAGUGAAGUCGGAGUAGAAGGAGAAGGAAAAGAAGACGGAAAGAGUAGAGAGAAGGUAGAGGAACUAGCAAGAAAGAAAAAAAGAUAGUCGGUUGUGACUCUGCUGUGCGUGAAUUUGUACGUUACACCGAUUGAUUGGAUUCUGUUUUUGAGAGAAAAAAGUCAGGUUUUUGCUCGAAAGGUGACCAACGGUCACCGAAUGUGGCCAAAUUCGCAACGAACGCGAAAAGGGAGGACCGCCAAGGAACUCGAAACAACCAGGCCGAGGUAGCAUCGCGCUAAACGGAAGCUUCCCAGGGUGCCCCACUACCAACAUCAACAACAGCCAUAACACUACUGCUACUACUACUACAACACUACUACAACACUACUACUACUACUAUUACUAUUACACUAUUCUACUAUACAUACUAGAUCACAACACAUCGUCACGUUUGUACGCCGCGCGUUCCCUCCGACCGAUCCCCUAUCCCCUCUGCCCUGGAUACAAACUUAUUGCGCAGUUAGAAAAAUCGCUGGAUACGGACGCUAUAGAAGAGAAAGACAGAGAGAGAGAGAGAGAGAAAGAGAGAGACGCCAGCUAGCCUGCCUGCGCUUGCUUGCUUGCUUUCACCUUAGGAGAAGCGACCCGCGAUAAACUAAGAACGACGGGUCGAGAGAAGUAGAAGAGUGAUAGAGAAAAAGAGAGAUAGAUAGAUAGAUAGAGAAAAAAAACCAUCGUCUCAUCUCGUUGAAAUCAUGACGAAUUCGGCACCAAAGUUGAACGACAAGGUCGAGCGACAGGGCUCACCUAACACAGGUGGAAAGAGGCAUCAUCGCAGUUCGAUGAAAUCAUCACCGUUCUUUCAUAGUAGUGGAGGACGUUACGGUAAAAAUGGAAUCAACAAUAACAACAACAGCACCGGUAGACUGAGUUGCAGUCCACCAUGUAGCGGUAAAAGUUCAAGAAAUUCGCCGUUGCGAUAUGAUAGUAGCAGCAGUCCAAGGGGUAGCCCUACUAAUAGCUUUUACGCUGGCGCCAAAUUUUCUGAACCACCAUCACCUGCGAGUCUACCUAAGCCACCAAGCCAUUGGACCAAUAACAGACUCAUCAAUAGUUGCCAGCGGUCCGAAAGGAGAAAUAAUAAUGAUAUAUCGAAUCAUCUUAAGAUGAUACUCAACGUCCAAGCCUGAUAUCCAAAGAUCCACGGACCGCCGGAGACGGUCAUCUAUCGUGGCUCCCAGCGGGAGAGACAACUACGAUAUCAUCAUCAUCAUCAUCGUCAUCGACGUUAUCACCAUAAUCAUCGUUAUCAUCAUCAUCAUCGUUACCAUCAUCAUCAUCAUCUUCAUCAUCAUCCUUCUUCCUCCUCAUCGGGCUAUGGACAAUACGUUCGCGCGUGCGGCCUCGAGCUGAUCGUUUAAAAACCGUGAGUAAGAAAAAACAGACGAGACGAUUUAUUAUUAUUAUUAUUAUUAUUAUUAUUAUUAUUAUUAUUAUUACUAUUAUUACUAUUAUUACUAUUAUUAUUAUUAUUAUUAUUAUUAACAAUUCCUCAGCAUCCCGCGUAUGUAUGUGUAAUAUGUAUAUUAUCUACAAAUCGUAACGUUAUAUAUCUCUAUACGAUGUAUCAUAAAAGCACGCGAGCUUCGUCGCGUUACAAUUAUCGAUGAGAUGUGAUUAGAUGAGAUGGGGUGAGAUGAGAUGAGAUGAGAUGAGAUGAGAUGAGAUGAGAUGAAAGUGAAUAUAAAAGAAAUGAUAAUGGUGAAGGAGAGAAGGAAAAGAAGGA